CGCACUUGCUUCGAUCGCCAACGAUGGCUGACCCAGUUGCUGAAAAAUCGACAUUUCUCCGGAUGUACAUGUCCAGUCAUCCGGACACGCUAGUCGCAUACGCCAAAUGGUUUGGGAAAGUCGCUGAACCGAUAACGAGUGCUGAAAUGACCGCCAUCGACUCCAACGCCAUCACUCUCCGUUGUCUUCUCAAGAGCGGCUCAAAGCAGGACGUACGAGUCGCGAUCCACCCACCUCUGUCCGGGUACGACGAUGUCAAGCCGAGGCUGUUGGAAAUGAAGGCGGUGGCUCAGGAAGGCUUGGGAAUGAUCAAAGCACCGACGAUCAACACCUUUGCAUAUCCGCCAACGCUCACUCCAGCUAUCAUCCUCACAGGUCUCUUCGCCUAUUUGGCCUAUGCUCCCAGAGACAGCACAUCUCCGUUCUUGGUUCCAGCGCAUCUAGUCGCCUCGUACGUCGGUCGCUUUCCGGAAUAUAGUCUCAAGUUCGUCGUUGGACUGCACGCUUUCGAGUCGUUGUACACAGUCAGACUCUGUCAAAAACAUAAAACAGGCUUUGUUGUUGGCAUGCAAUAUGUCCUGUCUACUUUGUUUGCGGGCGUCUUUGUGAUAGGAAAUUUGCGAAGACGUAUACAGGCCGCUCGAAUAGAUUCUGUCAUGAAAGUACAGUAGGAAUGUAACCUCUUUGCUCUCGAUCAUGU